AUGGCAACUCUCCGAAAUACUCAUCCCCUAAUAAAAAUUCUUAACAGAGCCGUAGUGGAUCUCCCUGCACCCUCAAAUAUCUCAAGAUGGUGAAAUUUUGGUUCAUUGUUAGGUCUCUGUUUAGUUACCCAGAUUUUUACUGGAAUUUUCCUAGCUAUACAUUACACCCCCCACGUUGAAAUAGCAUUUUCAAGUGUCAUUCAUAUCAUCCGAGAUGUAAAUUAUGGCUGACUUUUACGUACGAUUCAUGCUAACGGAGCUUCCUUUUUUUUCAUUUGUCUGUAUCUCCACGUUGGACGUGGACUAUACUACGGGUCUUACUUAUUCUUACUCACUUGAUUCUCAGGGAUUUUACUUCUCCUCCUAACUAUGGCAGCCGCUUUCAUGGGAUACGUUCUUCCUUGGGGGCAGAUAUCUUUCUGGGGGGCCACUGUAAUUACCAAUUUACUCUCUGCUAUCCCUUAUAUAGGAGAUAUAAUUGUUCAAUGACUGUGGGGAGGCUUUGCUGUAGAUAAUGCGACCCUCAACCGGUUUUUUAGCUUUCACUUUCUGAUCCCCUUCAUUAUUAUAGGAGUAGUUAUUAUUCACCUCUUGUUCCUCCACCAGACAGGGUCAAAUAAUCCUCUUGGUCUUAAGAGAGAUUCUGAUAAAAUCCCUUUUCACCCCUACUUUACUAUUAAAGAUUUAGUAGGAUUCCUCUUCAUAUUAAGAUUUUUAAUUAUUUUAACACUAUUAGCCCCUAAUUUGCUAGGAGACCCAGAAAACUUUAACCCAGCCAAUCCUCUGGUUACCCCUGUACAUAUUCAACCUGAAUGAUAUUUUUUAUUUGCCUACGCAAUUCUUCGAUCGAUCCCUAAUAAGUUGGGGGGGGUUCUAGCCCUUUUAUUGUCAAUCUUAAUCCUAGCCAUCAUGCCAAUUUGGCAUAAGAGAGAAAUAAAGGGAUUAGAAUUUUACCCAUUUAAUAAGUUUUUAUUUUGAUCACUAAUCGGGACUGUAUUUAUUUUAACCUGAAUCGGAGCAAAGCCUGUAGAAGACCCCUACGUUUUAGUGGGCCAGCUUUUUACCGCCAUCUACUUUAGAUACUUUAUUCUAGCCCCUCUUACUUUAAAAAUUUGGGAUAAAAUCCUAGCAUAA